AUGGAUAAGAAAUCAAAGCUAUUCAAAUAUCCUUUGAGCGAGGAGACGGCUAAAUUUGAGUACAGACUAUUGAACCCAAAUGGGAAGUUAUCUGAUAUUUGGUUGCAUGAAGAGUAUCAAAAACUAUCCCUUUCGGCAAUAGAUAAAGUAUCUCAGCAACCUUCGGCAGUGACUACGGCACCAAGUCAACCCCAUCGGGAGAAUAGUCGAAAACGAAAUGCUGGUGACGAUGAUGUCUAUGAUCAAAAAAACAUGCCCUCAUGUGACGACACAGCUUCAUCAGACACGGACUGCCAAAGUCAAGUCUCAUCAACAGCUCAUUUGCAUUCAUAUCGAUCAAAUGGAUUAGUUGAGCCUCCUUCGAAAAGAAGAUUAACGACGACCAACGAAACGUCUUUAUCAAGCGCAGGUGCAACUACUUUCCAAAUUGAAUCUCCCGGUAGUAUAUCUGCUAUUACUACAAAUAAUUCAACUACAUCUGCUGGUGAUUCCAACAACUCGAAUUCCUUUUCUGACCAGCAUUCACGACAUCCAAGGACUCCAAAUGUUAUGAAUUCUCCUACUCAUACCCCAAUAUCGGAUAUUGAAGAAGAUCCUAUUCAACAAUUACCGUUACCUUCACCUAGUGCAUCACCUAUCCAACUGGAUACUGAAAACGAACACGUUACUACUUCAGACUCCUUACAGGGGAAGGCAAAUCUCGACAGUAUAGAAAACGUAAUGAGCAAUGAACCUACUACUCAAUCCGAGCUUGUUGAUUUGGUUACUAAAUUAUCGGGAUUUUUGAGUGAAGCAAAUCAAAAUCACCUUGUAUUCAAGUUAUUGCAAAAGACUACUCGUCCAACUUUGAGUACAUUUAAUAAUUUGAUAAAUAAUUCCUUGAAACGUGAUAUUUUGAGCAAUGUUCCCUUUGAAGUGACAAUGAAAAUAUUAUCUUACCUUGAUUAUAAGACGUUAUUGUCAGUGGCACAGGUGUGUAAGAAAUGGUUUGACAUUAUCAACAACCCUGAUACUUGGAUUAAAUUAUUGAAAAGGGAUAAAUUGAUUACUGAUGACGCUGUAAUUAAAUAUGAAUUGCAAUAUCCGGAUCAAUUAUUACGUGAAUGGUCCACGUUACCAGAAAUCAAUUCAGCACAAGUUUUAUACAAGAAAAGAAAAAUAAUUGUCAAUAGGUGGAUGGAUCCAAAGUUCAAACCCCAUAGAAUUAGUGUAUCAGGGCAUGGAAAUAAAGUUGUUACUUGCUUGCAACAUGAUGAUGAAAAAGUUGUUACAGGUGUCGAUGAUAAAUGCAUACUAAUAUAUAGUACUCAAACUGGGCAAUUGAUGAAAGUUUUAGAAGGCCAUGAAGGAGGAGUAUGGGCAUUGAAAUACACUGGUAAUACGUUGGUAACUGGAUCAACUGAUCGUACAGUUAGAGUAUGGAAUAUGAAAACCGGGCAAUGUACUCAUAUUUUUAGAGGACACACUUCGACAAUUCGGUGUUUGGACAUAAUCCACCCUGCAGUGAUAGGGAAAAAUCAAGAUGGAGAAGACAUCGUGUUUCCUGAAUAUCCGUUAUUAAUUACAGGGUCUCGUGAUCACAACAUUCAUGUGUGGAAAUUACCAGUAGUUGAUGAUCUGCAGGAUUAUAUAGAGACAUUUGAAGGUGAAUUCGAUAAUCCUUAUUUGAUUGCUGUGUUGUCUGGCCAUACUCAAUCAGUUCGUUCAAUUUCAGGAUAUGGUAAUAUUAUAAUUUCUGGAUCUUAUGAUUCUACAGUUAGAGUAUGGGAUUUACUAGAUGACGGUCAUUGUACACAUGUUUUACAAGGUCAUCUUGAUAGAGUAUACUCCACUGCAAUAGAUUUCCAUUCGAAAACAUGUUUCUCAGGGUCAAUGGAUUCCAACAUUAAUGUUUGGAAUUUUGAAACUGGUGAGUUGAAAAAAGUAUUAGUGGGGCAUGCUUCAUUAGUUGGUCUUUUGGAUUUAGUUGAUGAUGUUUUGGUUAGUGCAGCAGCUGAUGCAACGUUAAGGAUUUGGGAUGCUAAAACUGGUGAAUUAAGAAGUAAACUAAAGGGACAUGGAGCCGCUAUUACCUGUUUUGAACAUGAUGGAUUACGUGUUGUUAGUGGAAGUGAGAAAAUGUUGAAAUUAUGGAAUGUUGAAAAAGGAACUUUUGCUCGUGAUUUGUUAAGUGAUGUAACUGGUGGUAUAUGGCAAGUUAGAUUUGAUUACAAAAGAUGUGUCGCAGCUGUUCAAAGAAUUAUUAAUGAAGAUGAAGGUGAAACGUUUAUUGAGAUUCUAGAUUUCAGUCAACCACUUUUACAGUGA